UGGACGAGUACCUCUUUCCUUGUCUUGAGGUAUGAACCUCACCCAUUUGCAAGCAUGAGCGAAUCCGACCUUGAAUCGCAGCCUGCACGAGCAGCAGACGAGGCAAUUGAGGAAAAGGUGUCUUCAGAAACGGGGAAGGAAAAGUCAAUCAUGGGAUAUGAAAUGCCUCUAUGGCGAAAAUGCGUUAUUACAUUCAUAGUCAGCUGGAUGACCCUGGUUGUCACCUUUUCGAGUACAUCCCUGAUACCAGCGACCCCUGAAAUCGCCACAGAAUUCAACACCACCGAGGAGACCCUUAACCUCACCAAUAUGGGUGUCUUAUUUGCCAUGGGCUAUUCUUCGCUAAUUUGGGGCCCUCUUAACAAAUUACUCGGCCGCAGGACGUCCUACAACCUGGCCGUUGCGAUGCUGUGCGGGUGUACUGCGGCUACUGCGGUCUCCGUUAAUUUAAAAAUGUUUAUAGCGUUUAGAGUUCUGACAGGCUUGACCGGGACAUCGUUCAUGGUAUCAGGACAAACGGUCCUUGCGGAUAUCUUUGAGCCGGUUGUCCGUGGUACAGCUAUGGGGUUCUUUAUGGCAGGGACUCUUUCAGGGCCGGCAAUAGGUCCCUGCAUUGGUGGAAUCAUUGUCACCUUCUCUGGCUGGCGGGUCAUAUACUGGCUGCAACUCGGAAUGAGUGGUCUCGGACUGAUUCUGGCCUUCUUCUUUGUCCCCAACACCAAAGGGGAGGUUGAACCGGACCCCAAGAAGUCUCAGCCCCUUACCGUAGUCUCGGCUAUUCGUGAAUUCAAUCCUUUCCGGAUUUUCAAGCAGUGGCUGUACCCGAAUGUCUUUCUCGCUGAUCUAACAUGCGGAUUCCUCGCUGUUUUCCAGUACUCGCUUCUUACCUCCGCUCGCGCAAUCUUCAACCCGGUCUUCCAUCUCAACACUGCCCUGGUCUCAGGCCUGUUCUACCUUGCUCCCGGUGCUGGGUUCCUGGUUGGUAGCAUCGUCGGGGGCAAAUUUUCCGAUCGCACAGUGAAGAAGUGGAUUGUUCGUCGCGGAUAUCGCCUCCCCCAAGACCGGCUGAACAGUGGACUGAUAACUUUAUUCGGUGUGCUACCUGUCUCGGUCUUAAUAUACGGGUGGACGCUCCAGGAAAGAAAGGGCGGCAUGGCGUUGCCAAUCAUCGUGGCAUUCUUCGGCGGAUGGGGGCUGAUGGGGAGCUUUAAUUGUUUGAAUACCUAUGCAGCCGAGGCAUUGCCGCAUAAACGGUACGAGGUCAUGGCAGGGAAAUACAUAAUCCAGUAUUCGUUCUCGGCGGGGAGCAGUGCGCUUGUGUUGCCGGUGAUAAAUGCUGUCGGUGUUGGGUGGACAUUUACCAUCUGUGUGGCCUUUUCGACAGUGGGUGGUUUAAUCACCAUGUCUAUUGCGAGGUGGGGAUUGGACAUGCAGAGAUGGGCAGAAAGGACAUUUCGCAUACCUGGUAAGCUUCUGUUCAUAAUUAUUGGUUUCCACAUAUUGAUGGGUAAGCCAGAAUCAUGAUAAUGAGAUGGACGACCAUGCGCCCAAUGGAGGCGCAAAA